GGAAUAGGAAUUGGGGGUGGGGUUGGGGUUGGCUGCUCCUCUUUAACUCUUCUUCUUCUUCUUCUUCUUCUUCUUCUUCUGCUUCUUAUUAUUAUUAUUAUUAUUCUUAUUGUUAUUAUGCAACCAACUGCAAACUGAAAACUGCACCCUGCAACUAUAAAAAUGGCAUCAGGACGCGGCGUCCAAACACCAUCCUCUCAUCCUCUCUGAUCAGUCUCACUCCUACUUCCAAAAAUCUCUCUCUCUCAGUUCCUUCCUCCUCCAUUUCUCCUUCUCCCUACUAGCAUAGCUCUUUAUUAUUAGCACCCAAAUUAUUAUAAACAAAUAAAAACUCCUCUACAUACACUUUUUAGCUUUUCUUCCUGCCAAUUGAUCAGCACAAUGUGUGGAAUACUUGCUGUUCUUGGCUGCUCCGAUGAUUCUCAGGCCAAAAGGGUCCGCGUGCUCGAGCUCUCCCGCAGAUUGAGGCACCGGGGCCCCGAUUGGAGCAGAAUCUAUCAGCAUGGAGACUUCUUUCUGGCUCACGAGCGGCUCGCGGUUAUUGAUCCUGCUUCCGGUGAUCAACCACUUUUUAAUGAAGACCAGUCCAUUGUGGUCACGGUGAAUGGAGAAAUCUACAACCAUGAAGAACUCAGGAAGCGUUUGCCAAAUCACAAGUUUCGGACCGGCAGUGACUGUGAUGUUGUUGCCCAUCUGUACGAAGAGUAUGGAGAGAGCUUCGUAGACAUGCUAGAUGGAAUGUUCUCUCUUGUGCUGUUGGAUACCCGGGAUAACAGCUUCAUUGUUGCUCGUGAUGCUAUUGGUAUUACCUCCCUCUAUAUUGGCUGGGGUCUCGAUGGUUCCAUUUGGAUAUCAUCAGAGCUGAAAGGCCUGAAUGAUGAUUGUGAGCAUUUCGAGUGUUUCCCCCCUGGUCACUUGUAUUCCAGCAAAGAAGGGGUUCUUCGGAGAUGGUAUAACCCCCCUUGGUUCUCCGAGGCUGUCCCCUCGACUCCAUAUGACCCGCUUCUUCUGAGACGGGCUCUUGAAAAUGCUGUUAUCAAAAGGCUAAUGACUGAUGUCCCAUUUGGAGUUCUGCUCUCCGGAGGGCUUGAUUCAUCCUUGGUUGCUGCAAUCACAGCACGCCAUUUGGGUGGAACGAAAGCCGCUAGGCAGUGGGGAGCUCAGCUCCAUUCCUUCUGUGUCGGCCUUGAGGGUUCACCAGAUCUAAAGGCUGCAAGAGAAGUUGCUGCUUAUCUUGGCACUGUUCAUCAUGAGUUCCAUUUCACCGUUCAGGACGGGAUAGAUGCCAUUGAGGAUGUCAUUUACCACAUCGAAACUUACGAUGUCACCACCAUCAGAGCAAGCACCCCUAUGUUUCUUAUGUCAAGGAAGAUCAAGUCACUCGGUGUGAAGAUGGUCAUAUCUGGUGAAGGAUCUGAUGAGGUUUUUGGUGGGUAUUUGUACUUCCACAAAGCACCCAACAAGGAAGAGUUUCAUCGGGAAACCUGCCGUAAGAUAAAAGCCCUCCACCAGUAUGACUGUCUCAGAGCUAACAAAGCAACAUCGGCAUGGGGUCUGGAGGCUCGAGUACCCUUUCUAGACAAAGAAUUUAUCAAUGUUGCUAUGGCUAUUGAUCCCGAGUGGAAAAUGAUCAAACCGGAACAAGGCCGCAUUGAGAAAUGGGUUCUGAGGCGAGCCUUUGAUGACGAGGAGCGUCCAUACCUGCCAAAGCACAUCCUGUAUCGGCAAAAGGAACAAUUUAGUGAUGGAGUUGGCUACAGCUGGAUUGAUGGCCUCAAAGAACAUGCUGCGCAGAAUGUGACGGACAGAAUGAUGCAAAAUGCGGCACACAUCUUCCCGCACAACACUCCCACAUCAAAGGAAGCAUACUACUAUAGGAUGAUCUUCGAGAGGCUCUUCCCUCAGAACUCUGCGAGGCUGACUGUGCCAGGAGGAGCAAGUGUUGCCUGCAGCACUGCAAAAGCUAUAGAGUGGGAUGCCUCAUGGUCUGGCAAUCUUGACCCGUCAGGGAGGGCUGCGCUCGGGGUCCACCUCUCUGCAUAUGGCCAGCAGCAUGUUCCUUCUGUGAGUGCCGGAAUGGAGCCCCAGGAGAUAAUUAGAGACGACAUUCCCCGAAUGAUGGAAGCGGGUGCUCAUGGACUUGCAAUCCCGAGCUAGGAUUCUUACACCUUGUGUCCCUCCUUUGUAUACUGCAUGCCUUCAGCAGCAGGAUCAGUUGGAAGUGCGUCCUCCAAUCACAUGUUGUGUAUAUACACGUACGUACAUGUAUGGUGUUCUUGGUAUUAAGCUGGUAAAUAUGCUCAGCCAAAUUCGUGAAUAAUUAAAUCCCGAAGGACGGCUUGGCUAACAGUUGUAAUGGGGAAGCUAGGUAUCAUUAAGAAAUCUGGGAAAAUUAAGCAGUGGCGAGAACAAUAUAUAUACAUAUAUGUAUGUUAGGUUAGCUCUCUUGACCUCUACGUUCAGUGCUUUGUGUGUGGAAUCAUGAGUAUUUGUUCGUUUGUUGCUUU